AUGGGUGCCUGCAGGCGCCCAUCGAAUAAAGGACUCAUGGCGCAAAGACGAAACCAGUGGAUCAUUGGAAGUGAGAUUCAGGAGAACGAUCUGCCCCCUCUGGCUCUCAGGGCAGGGCUUGCAAGUCAAAGGAAAAACUAUCCAGGCUCCGGAAGGGGAGCUGGGCACUCCGGGAGUGGAGAUGCGGAAGGCCACCACGUCGGUGCGGCACCAGAGGGUCCACCAGUUAUCGUGUUGGAUCCUGAGACGUUGGUGAAGCGCCGAAGAGGCGCACCACUAACGCCAGAUCCGACGCGCAUGGAGGAGAGAGCUAGGCCCAUUUAG